UCUUUUUUCAUAGCACCAAGCGUAUUCUACUUUCUUCUCCUUUUUUAGUCUUCAGUUUCAACUCAUGGAGAACAAAAGACAAGCUUUCUGACACACCUAUCUUGGAAGAUAGAAAAUAACAUCAUCUGAAGACAUACGGAAUACUACACGGAGAAUGGGCCUAUUGAACUCCAAACACUCCAGAGUAAAACAAGCUCAGAUAUUAAUGCUGGGGCUUGAUUCAUCGGGGAAAUCAACACUAUUGUACAAGUUAAAAUUGAAUGAUGCCGUCCUAACAAUCCCAACAAUUGGUUUUAACGUUGAGAUGCUUGAAACUGGGAAAGAUUUUGCUUUAACAGUCUGGGAUAUUGGAGGGCAACAGAAAAUGAGGACACUUUGGCGCGAUUACUUGGAGAAUGCGGAUGGCCUGGUGUAUGUUGUAGACAGCACUGAUAAACAACGUCUGGAAGAAUCUAAGAGAGAAUUUGAACUCAUCUUAAAAAAUGAAUGUAUAAAGAAUGUGCCUGUGGUUUUGCUAGCAAACAAACAGGAUCUUCCUGGAGCUUUGAAUGCUGAAGAAAUAACCAGGAAAUUCCAUGUCAAGCAGCACUGCAGUGACAGGAACUGGUAUGUACAGCCCUGUUGUGCCAUCACUGGUGAAGGCUUGGCAGAAGCACUCCAAAGAGUAGCAGUUUUUGCAAAAAACUUCAGGAAGUCAAAAGAAGCUUUUACUCUUUUUAAGCAAGAUGAAAAGCUGUGA